GUAUCCUUCUCUAAGUAACAUGAAGUGGGGGGGGAAUAGUGAUAACAACAGCCCACAGGUGCCUAGGUCGGCACCACCAAUGGUGAGCGGCCCAGCAACAAAGAGCGGCUCGCAGCUAAGGGGUAGGCCAAUAUCUGACUGGUCACUGAUAAGGGAGGCACUGCUAGAGAGAGGAGAUGUCCCGGACCCCUCAGCCUUCCCAGCGAUAGUAGGGGAGGAGGGCCUCCAGUGGGUGCCCCUCGACCCAAAGGGAGUCUCCUGCUUGGCGGAAGCUAUUGAGAAGAAAGGGUUGCGGGAAAAACAACUGCUGAUACCUCCGAGAAAGCCCAUUCACAAACGUACAUGGUUUGGUCUCAUUCUUUUGAUAAUGUCGAUAAAGGAAAGAGAGGCGGUCCACCUGAUUCAGCAACCCACGAAUGUUUGGAUACCUUGGGCUAACCAAAGAGGAAGGCAGGAUUUCUGUUUAGCCUUACAGUCUGCAGCCUCGCCCUUCAGAACUUGCCUAAUUGGAAUCCCGCUCAAUUAUUCUCGGGACUCCGAGAUAUUUGAGAAAUAUGUUACCAAUCUUACAGACUGCGAGAAAUUCUACUACUCGGAGGCUAACAUGUCCCAGUACCUUAUUCAGUCCCUUAACAUGAUGCUCCCUUGGACCUCUCUGGAGUUGCAACUAUUGGGGUCUGAAGGGGUUAGCAAUGGUGCCCAGUUCAAGUCUCAGGAGACAUGUGUUGGGUUCGCAGGGUUUGGGGUGGACGGACAACUAUCGGACCCCAUGAUUAAGUGGCACCUCCUUGGGGAGGAUAGCCCCUAUCGGUCGCUAAGUUUUAUCCUCGUCAACCCAAGGGAUUUGAAAACAUUUUCUUGGCACGGGCCAUAUUGUGGGUACACUUGGAAUCAAACAAAAGUAGGCUUCCCCAACCCUAACAACUACACCACAAAUUAUACAAACAACAUCUUGUAUAAGUGCACCGCCUGCGGACCCCGCUGUAGAGUAUGCAAAGUGACAAACUGGGAAUGCUGUUCUAACAUUACCCGACAAUGGGAACAAUACGGAUGGGGGUACCCCUACCGAUUGUGA